UGUAUCGCCAUUAAAUUCCCUAAUGAGUGAUCAAGUAUCGCGUCUAAGUAUGAGUGGCAUUCGAGCGUCUAUUGUUGGUGUAAAAGAAUCGAGAAGGGAACAAUUUGACGACGACUCUCAAGACCAAAAUAUAGAUGUUGACUUCAGCGAAUGUGAAGAUAAAAAGUUACGCGAUGGUCAAUACAACAUUGUCUUUGCGCAUCCAGAAACACUUAUUUCAAGCAAAUAUGGACGCGAAUUAUUGUUAAGCGAAAUAUACCAAGAAAAUGUCCUUGCAAUCGUUAUAGACGAAGCUCAUUGUAUAUUAGACUGGGGAAGUGAUUUCAGAAAGGAUUAUGGCAGAUUAGGAGUGCUGUGUGCACUGUUCCCAGAUGUGCCUGUAAUUGCAAUGACAGCAACAGCAAGUCAGACUGACAUUAAAUAUAUUCAGGAUUCAUUAGGACUAAAGAAUUAUCUGCUUCAAUCCCAGCAAACCGGCUGUUUGCACAAUUUCAUGCCCCUCAAACCACACAAAUGAAAGAUGAAAUUUUAAAACAGCUUUGUUCUGGACAGAGUACUAUUCGUGUGGU